AUGGGCGCAAAAGCGAGCACUUCCUUGGACUCUUCCUCCUCCUCGAGCAAGGAAGGCGCGAGUGACAGCGGUGGUCAGAGUGGUGGUGGCGCUUCGUCGUCGAAAGCGACCAAUAAUGAUGCCGCUGGUGUUGUUGGUGUUUCGAAAUCAUCUUCGAAAAGUGCAUCGACGACAUCUUCUUUGCUCUCGAAAGAGGAAAUGCGAUCGGUGCGAGAGUUUUUGGAGGAGGCGAAAGAGGUCGCGAAGACGGCGGCGAAAGCGAGUAAAAACGGCGAUGCGAUGAAAACGCUCGAGAAGCAGUUGAAGACGAUCGAUUCGUACCUGCAAACGAGGACGUAUUUCGCGACGGAUAGGAUGCAGACGGAGGCGGAUGUGGCGAUGUGCAAAGCGUUGAACGGGGUGAAAGAUGGGGUGGUGGAGAAAUACGCGGAGAUUAAGAGGUUCGUGGAGUUGAUGAGGCAGACGAACGCUGCGGGGGGUUUGGCCCCCGCUUUAGAAGAGGGAGGCGACGACGCGGCGGUCGAGGCUUUGGGGAAGCGGGUGGAAAAGAUGGCCGUCGGCGGCGGCGAGCCGGGGAAGAUUUCCAAAGGUCAAGCGAAGAAAGACGCGGCGAAGGCGGCGAAAAAAGCGGCGAAAGAGGCGAAUAAGAGCAACGACGGCGGCGGGAAGAAACCAACGUCCGGCUCGUUUGAGAUUGACUUGAAAGACGCCGAGGAAGGCAAAGUGUGCACGAGAUUUCCGCCGGAACCGUCGGGAUAUUUACACAUCGGUCACGCCAAAGCGGCUUUAUUGAACCAUUACUUCGCGAGGAGGUACAAAGGAACGCUCAUUUUGCGGUUCGAUGAUACGAAUCCAGCCAAGGAGAAGCAAGAUUUCGUCGAUAACAUUUUGAAGGACUGCGCGACGUUGGGAUUGGAUUACGAUAAGUUGACGUAUACCUCGGAUUCGUUUCCACAAAUUUUAAAGUUGGGAGAUACGAUGAUGAAAGAGGGUAAAUUAUACGUGGAUACAACGCCAGUGGACAAAAUGCGCGAAGAGCGCAUGAGUAAGACUGAAUCCGCGUGUCGCACACAAUCGGUGGAGGAAAAUAUGAAACUUUGGGAGGAGAUGAAGAAAGGUUCGGCCGUCGGCGUAGAGUGUUGCGUGCGCAUUAAAAUUAACAUGCAAUCGGACAACGGGUGCAUGAGAGAUCCGGUGUGCUUUAGAUGUAACAUCGAAACCCCGCAUCAUAGAACAGGGGACAAAUACAAGGUGUAUCCGACGUACGAUUUCGCGUGUCCGUUUGUGGACGCCAUUGAAGGCGUCACGCACGCGUUGAGAACGUCCGAGUAUAAAGACCGAGAAGAACAGUACCAGUUUAUUCAAAAGGCACAAGGACAGCGCGAAGUGAACUUGUGGGAUUAUUCGAGAAUGAACUUCACGUAUACGACGUUGAGUAAACGAAAGUUGCAAUGGUUCGUCGAUAACAAACACGCGGCUGAUUGGACCGACCCGAGGUUUCCCACCGUCCAAGGCGUUGUUCGAAGAGGCAUGCGCAUCGAAGCGUUGAAAGAGUUUAUUUUGUCGCAAGGCGCGUCUAAAAACAUGAACACCAUGGAAUGGGACAAAAUUUGGGCGGUGAACAAGAAACUCAUCGCCCCGGAAACGCCCAUGCACGUCGCGGUCAACGACGAAGGACGCGUGAAAGUGAUUUUUGACAACUGCGAGGACGGCGACAAGUGGGUCACCAAACCGAAAAACCCAAAGAAUAAAGAACUCGGUGUUAAUGUUGUUUUGCGAAAGAAAGAAGUUUGGUUAGAACAAGAAGAAGCUUUGAAACUCAAAGAAGGCGAAGAGGCGACGUUUACCAUGUGGGGCAACGCCAUUCCGAAGAAGAUUCACGUGGCGGAAGACGGAAAAACCAUCGAGACGAUCGACGCUACUUUGAACCCAGACGGUGACGUGAAAAGCACAAAAGUAAAAGUGAACUGGCUCCCAGCUUACGACGAGCUCGUUGCCCUCGAAUUACACGAUUUCGGGUACUUGAUAACGAAGAAACAACCGGAAGACGGCGACGAUUUCAAAGACCUCGUGAACUUGGACUCUGACAAAGUGACCAUGUGCCAUGGCGAUUGUAACUUGCGCACAUACCAGUUAGGCCAAAUCGUUGAAUUGAAGAACAAAGGCUUUUACAUCAUCGACAAGAUUGGCGUGGAAGAUAGCACUCCUUACGUGCUUUUCAACGUUCCCGGAACCGGUGGGAAAGUUGCGUAA